AUGGCGGAUAUCGCAAAAGAGUAUUUAGAAAGUUCGGUGGACACUUCAUAUAUUAACCCAAAUCAUUUGGACACGCAGGGAACAUUGCAAGAAUCAGAGAGCGUGAUCACAAACUCAUCAUCAUACGUCCUGGCGCGGGAUGACAGUCACCUCAGCAGGGAGGUGGACCGGUGGAUCAGAGGGUCAGCAGACUCCAAUGUGAAUGGAAUUCAAAAUUGCAGGCCACCUCUCAUACAAAGAUCUACCCUUACAUCCCGGGAUUCCAGACUAGGCUCUAGCUUCUGGUACAUAGCUGCAUUACUGCUCCCAUUAUUCAGUGCAAAUAAUUCCCAUUGGAGAUGCUCGCCAAGUGCAAUGUUAAAUACAGCGGAACUGCUGGUAGUUCAGAUGGGACGAGCUUGUAGCCGAGUGAGAUAUCACAUCCAACGGUUAGCUCGCAACCAGGUCUCCAGGGAUAUUUGUGCCACAGCCAUGGAUAUCGUUCUGGUAGUCUAUGCUGUGGGCUUCUUGAUCCUGUCUAUGUACCAGGCAGCUCUUAUCGGAUGAUAGUACGUUAAAAAUUAUAUAGCCUUUGAAAAUAGUGAAUUACAGUUUU